AUGUUCAAUGCACCUCGCCCGUCGCAGCCGUAUACGACAUCCCCUUCUAAUGGAUUUGGAGGCAGUUUUGUCCAUGAGAACCCUCUCAUCAGCUCCAUAUACGAUGACGGACUUGAUCCAUGGAGCAGUGCACCCAGUCCUGCCCCUCCUGCUAUCCCCUCAUUUCCUUCUACUUCUGUUGGCUUCAGUUCGGUGAUAGGCGAAGCUACUUUGCCAGCUAUUUACAAUCAGGCAUUCGCUGCGGUUGACACCGCCAACAGUGGCGAGACGUCCGUCAGUGCUCUGUCGAGGGUCCUUGGAACAUCUUCUCUUUCAGCUUCCACGAUUGAUAAGAUUGUCAGCUUGGUCAGUUCUCGCCCGCGAGUGUCAAGAUUGGAGUUCUUUGUGGCCCUUGCACUAGCUGCCCUCGCACAAUCCGGCAAAGACAUCAGUAUCGAAAGGGUUGCUGCAUUAGCGCAGGAGAAUGCCCUGCCCAUACCCAACCUUGACCUGGAUUCGCUGGCUCCUGCAACAUCUGGAUUUGGCCAGUAUACAUCUUCACCACGCGGCCUGCCGUCGCGGGCCUUCUCUACGGAUGAUCCUUGGAGCGUUCCGAAGUUCCCUUCCGCCACUGUAGCAUCUCCGCCCGCCGACGGUAAUGCUGGCAGUGUGCUCAAUGGUGCACCAUCCAGUAUAUCUGGAACAGGACUACCAAAAGAGUGGUGGAAGAAACUAGAGACGGUAUAUGUGAACGUACUUGGACAACAGGGCUUCCUUCUGAACAGGUACCUUGUGUACGAGGUCUCCACUGAUCGAGGACCGCCGGUACCAAGACGGUACUCAGAAUUUGUCUUCUUGUGGGAUUAUCUGGUCAAACGAUAUCCGUUCCGCCUAUUGACAGCAUUGCCACCGAAACGAAUAGGACCUGAUGAGGGUUUCUUGGAGCAGCGAAGAAAGGGACUGGCGCGGUUCCUCAAUUUCGUCAUCAAUCACCCUGUGAUCAAAGAUGAUGGGGUGCUCGCCGUGUUCUUGACUGAACCUUCACUUGAAGCCUGGCGAAAACACACCCCCAUCUCCUACGAGGAAGAGUCGGCCAGCAAGCGCGUGGAUAGAGUAGAAGAGAUGAGCAUCCCCAGCGAUCUGGAUGAGAAAUUGGCUGUUGUGCGACACAAGGUGGGAUUCCUUGUUGAGCACUGGCAGAGGAUCUGCAUGCUUGCCGAGCGCAUCGUCCGACGGCGCGAGGCCGAAGCGGUACGGAUCCCUCCUCUCGUCCGCCGCACAUAUCUCCCGGCUCACUUCGCGUUGCCUCCAUCGUUGUCCCCGAUCGUGUCUUCUACAUCUUCCGACGCGGACUCAAUGACGUCGUCGAUCCUGUCUGGAUUGCGUCCGCGGGCUUCGCAUGGUCAACUAUCGGAUGGUCAGGCGGAUCUGGCAAGGCUCACGAACACGAUGAAGAGUCUGGUAGAAGUGAAUGAGCGCUGUUGGAGGGGGGAUGGCUGCGAGCUGUGUGGUGGCGUCAAGCAAGGGCUCUCACACGUUGCCGUACACACGCAGAAGUAUUCCGACCUCCUGGAACAUCGCUCAAGGACGUUACUCUAUUCUACUUUGGAGUCAUUGAAGGCGCAACGGGACCUGUACAUCGCGUUGAGAGACCUCUUCAUCCGACAGGAUAGGCUGUCAGUAGAUCAAGUGGACCGCCUGAAAAAGCGUGAGGAGAGCAACAAGUUGAAGCUGGAAGCCAUCAAGCAAGCACAGAAAGAUGGCUGGAAGCAAGAGGCUGAUAAGUUGACGGUCCUCAUCGAAAAGGACCAGGCAUCGGUAGCAGCGCUACUUAAUAGGAGAGUCUUCAUCCGUUCAUGCAUGUGGCAUGAACUUCGUGUUGUGCUGCACAACCGCGAGAAUACGUUGCUCACGCAGACCAUUCAAGUACUCGCAAAAGAGGAGCGAGAUUUCGCGGAGACAUUGCUUUCUAAUUGGACUUCCCUUGCGGAUGCAGUGGAGGGCAUGCCUUUCGAAUAGACUGUGAUAGUGUUAUAUCUUGCACGCAAUAUACCCCUACGCUAGGAUUGGAACAGGGAA